CAUGUUUUCGGGCCAAAUCGCAGCAAGCGAAGCAAACAAAACAAAAUUUGCUAGUAAACAAUCCCCGGAUUCGUGAAAGGAAGGAAAUUCACGAGGAUUUUGCCAUCCUGGACAGAGUCAGAUGGCCCGGAUCAACGGAAGGCUUACGUCGGAACACGAGCCGAAGGUGCGAUUUUUGGUGGCGAUGACUGUUGUUUGACCCGCUGGAAUCGGCAACGCGAUGAUGUACAAGGAGGUCAUUUUGCGGAUGAUCCUGGCGAAGGUGCUGUUCGAUGUGCUGGUGGAGCUGAAGGUAAGUGUGGCCAAGAAUUUGACGCAAUCUGGCAGAGAAAUAAUUCUUGAAAAUGAUCGCGUACAAGAACGAGGAGAUUCGCGUUCAUGUCCUGGUUGCUCUGUGUUAAAUGAGCGCCCUCCCGGUGGUGAUUCCACCGAAAAGCUGGCUGAGGCCUGCCAGAAGUUCUUGGUUAUGCCGGUUAUGGACUUGAGGAAGUUUGCCGCGGGAUGUGUGGCGAAUUUGGUUGUCAACGUUAAGGAGAAGCUUAUCUAGGAUCGGCCCGCUUUUCAUCGGAAGGGAAGGGAAGGGAAACGCAAUUCAACCAGUCCGUGCGAUAAUGCGGUUUUCACUUUCACUGUACGGAACGGUACGUGAAGCAUCACGCGGCACAGAGUUGUCCUUGGAGGGUUACGAAGUGGCAUGUGAAGCGACACGUGCAUAGAGUUGUUCCUAGAAGGUUGCCUUACAUGGCUAGCGUAACUUGGAGUAACUCGUAGAAGAACUUCGAUGCUUUGUUGGCCCGGCAGCAAAUCAUCAUGAAGCUGCAACUCUUGCCGGCAAGAAAAAGUUAAAACAAAUUCGACCUGUUCGUUAAAUAAGACUAGAAGUAUGCAAUAGUUAAACAAACAGUGGUCUCUUCAGCAACCACCUUCAAACAAAAAGUAAAGGUUCAUUGUGAACCUUGAAUUGCAAAAUUUGCAAUAGCAAGUAAAAUUUACAAAAUUGUGAAACAAAAAGGUUCACAUUAUGCAUUUUUGAUAAUUUUUUUUACAAGAUAAGA